CUAAAGGCAGCGAGAGUUGUCAUGGACGUUUUUCAUACCUUCUUUUUCCUAAUUCUCAACUUCGCACAGUUCUCCAUGUUGAAAGGUGAAAACGGCUGUCGAGAUCUCGAUUUUCUACGUUGUUAUGUAAACAAAACUCUAAAAGAUCACGUGAUCAGAUUGCUACGUGUGUCGUCACCUGCGAAGCCAAAUUGUCAACACGAAUGCUUCAAGGAUGUACGAUGCACCUCAUACAACUUGAGAAAGCAACGCGACAAAGGCAGAACUUGUGAAUUAAACGAUGCUGACCAUUUGUCAGACCAUGGUGACCUGUUACCCAGCGAAGGGGCCGAAUAUUGCCCAAUUAAGAAUCCAUGUGCAUCAAAGCCAUGCCGUGCCGCUGGCAAAGUUUGUCUUCCAGACUUUGCGUGGAAUACUUACCAAUGCAAAGAUGGUAAGUGGUCUAAGUGGAGCGCAUGGGAAUGCAGGUGUUUUAAUCGGACUCGUUCUCGUGAAUGCAAGAAUCCGCUGACCAAUCAAACAGCAGCUGAUUGCAUCGGGGCAAAGAUACAAAGUGAGAAAUGCCAACACCAGAUAGCUUGCGUUUUACCGCUGGGAAUGGAAGAUGGCAGAAUACAAGACAGUCAAAUUUCAGCUUCGUCUUAUUACAAAGGAGUUCCUCCAGAUGAGUGCUUACCAAGUAAAGGUCGUCUUAACCAACGCUAUGCCCAAGCUUGGUGUGCUGCGGUGUUUGCAGCCGGCCAAUAUCUGCAAGUUGAUUUAGGAUCAGUAAGGAAAGUUUUCAAGAUAGCAACUCAGGGACGAGAUACAAGCUAUAAUCAAUACGUCAAAAAGUACAAGUUGCAAUAUACCAAUGAUACUGUUGAUGAUUGGCAUCACUACCCAGUAAGUUAA